AUGACCCAAUUUCGUAUCGCCGAGCCCCAUUCGCAGCGUAUGGCCACCCAACUCCAACAUAAUAUAAGUGGAGAUACUGCGUCGGUACUGCAGAAAAUCCUUGAAAGCCUUGGUAGAAUAGAAUCUCGGCAGGUAGCUGUAGAAAGCGCUCUUGCUGAGAAGAUGCCAGAACGUGCGGAGAUCCAAGUACAAGGUCAAUUGUUGCGGGAGUGUAAGGUGCUCUCGUCAAAAAUCCACCGCAGUGUAAGCCGCAUCACUGGCGAAGGAGUGGGCGAGGAGCAGAUGCUUUUGCAAAGCUUGCUCUCCAUGUCGUCAGAGGAAACAUUGCUGAAGGUGGAGGAGCACCUUAUACGCCAAGUUUACUCUGACGCUAUGUAUUAG